GGUUCACCAAAGUUGUCUUGGAUGGAACGUUAUGCUCUUAUAAAUUAUUUUUGUCUUCAGUGAGCUCUGACAAGCAAGAACAUUUAAGAAAAACGGAACAAUGUCUGAUUGAAGAUUGAUGUGGAACAUAACCAAGCGUUGGACACUCAUUUAAGCAAGCUGAAAAUAGGAACCGCAGCAGUUUUUAGCUGCAUCAGCAUUCUCACCUUUCUCAAGGGCAGGCUCAUGAAAAUGCUUCUAGAUCGUAGAGGGUUGUCGCUUGUGGCAUAUUGUCAUGGUGUCCUGUUUACAUCCAAGUUCCAUUCGUUUUUUUUGUUUUUUUUUAACCAAUGACUGAUAAAGGGAAAAGGAACAAGAAGAGGAGGGAGGAAAGGGAGGACAAUGCUGAUCUAAGCUUGGAGGAUUGUGUUAGUGUGUGUGCAGUCGGCAUGGGGCUAGGUACAAACUAGUAUUUGCUUCACUUCACCUUGGAGGAAAAACACUCAGCUGGAAAUUGCGUCUCACUUCUUUAAACCUGGAAGGCAAAUUUACAGAUAAGUUUGAUGAAAGAUUUGUACUAUAUGAACACAUCAGAUUAUGUUUAUUUUCUUUAGUCAAACAAAAAAUGCAUUUGAGGCUAUUGUAAUUAAUGGGUUAAAUUCAAUGGGGAAAUUGCUUUGCAGUAAAGGAAGUUUUGUGUGCUUUAUGUUAAGCUGUGCUGCUUCCUUUUCCUCUUUCACCCCUUAACUUGAGACUGAAGUGAGGCAUAUGAAACAAGGAAGCAGCACUAAAAGCUCCAAUAAACUGUUUUACACCUCAUGAAUAUUACCAUUUUGGACUAUUCAACGCUGUUAAAGUUGCCUUGUGUGCUGUAAGUAAUAUCUUUUAAAAGAGUUUUACUUCAAGUUUGUAUUUAGUUUACUGUGUGGCAGCAUGCUGCAUUCCUGAGAGACUUCAUCUUGGAAGCUGUGUGUUUGUCCGAUUCAGCAAUGCUGGCUGCCAGCAAGACAGAUAUGGGCAGCAAUUUCACAGUGGUGUAGUGAGGCUGAUUUUGACCGUGAAGUUUUUUAAUUCAAGCGAGCAGCCAAUGGAAAACUUUUUUUUGGAAUCCUGAAAUGGAACAAGCAUUAAACACGUGUGCGCCUUAAAACUAUUUUCUCUCUUGGACUUCCUGAGAUUUCUUCAGUGUAAAAACACCAUUGUAGCACCAGUGCGGAUGAUGAGGGCACAGAGUUUGCUGUUGGCACUGCUGUGCCUGAUGGGAUGUGUGAGUUACUGUGGCACAUUAUCAACCUGCAAACCGCUGAACCUGGAGCUGGUGAAAAGGAAGCGUAUCGAGGCCAUCCGUGGACAGAUCCUCAGCAAACUACAGCUGAUUAAAGAGCCAGAUAAUGAUGAUGAUGAUGAUGACGAUGAUGAAGGAAAAGGAGAUGAGGUACCUGCAGAAGUCCUGUCCGUCUACAAUAGCACUGUGGAGUUGAGUAAGGAGCUGGUGCAGAAGAUGGAACCUGUGGAUACUCCUGAUGCAGAGGAGGAGUACUAUGCCAAGGAGGUUCAUAAGUUUAACAUGACUAACUGUACUGAGAAUAAUAUGGUGAUGCUGUUUAGCGUCACAGAAAUGAAAAACAUUUUGGGUUUAGACCGUAUGGUUUCCCAGGCUGAGCUCCGCCUUCUCAUUAGGAAUCCUUCAAUACCUUUGGCCAGUGAGCAGAGAUUAGAGCUUUAUCAAGGCGUUGGGGAUGAGGCUCGGUAUCUGAAUUCACAUACUAUCACCAAUAAGUUCAAAGACAAAUGGAUUUCCUUCGACGUGACACAGACUGUAAAAAACUGGCUGCUAAGUUCUGAGGGGGAAAAAAAAUUAGAAGUAAAGUUACAUUGUGCUUGUGGGAAGAGUGUAGAAAAGCAGUUCCAAAUUUCAGGCAUACCCUGUGUAAGAGGAGACAAAGCAGUUCUAUAUGCCAAACUGCCAAAGCCACACAUUCUGAUAAUGUCACUACCUGCAGAGCGUGUCCGUCAUCUCAGUUCAAGAAAGAAACGGCAAGCUACAGGAGAUGCAGUUUGUUCUGAACAGUCAGAUGUUUGCUGUGUGAGAAAACUUUAUAUAGACUUCCGUAAGGACCUGGGAUGGAAAUGGAUACAUGAGCCCUCUGGCUACUAUGCGAACUAUUGUAUCGGCUCCUGUAGCUUUGUUUGGAAUGCAGAAAAUAAGUACUCACAGGUGCUGGCACUGUAUAAACAUCACAAUCCUGGAGCGUCAGCCCAGCCUUGCUGUGUGCCGCACGUCCUGGAUCCUUUACCCAUCCUGUACUAUGUGGGGAGGCAACAUAAGGUAGAACAACUGUCGAAUAUGAUAGUCAAGACCUGCAAAUGUAGCUGAAUAAUAUGUGGUCUUCUGAAUAUAUUGAGAAGAUACAAAGAAGAUUAUUAAGAGGAAGGGAGAAGGUUGUGAAUGGACGAACAAAACAUACAACUACUGUCUUUGGACAUUUUGCGUUUCAUUGUUUUUUUUUGUUUUUUUUGUGUGAAAGUUUCACCCCUUAAACUUCCUGGAGGACCAGAAAUCAGUAGGUCCUCACGUGAAUUCCUGUUUCUUGUACCUACUAAUGAUAACAUUUAAUAUAAAAAUAUGCUUUAUGGUCAAUUAUUCAAUAAUAUGAUGGAAUUUAUUGGCAAAUCUCCUUCUAAUAUUCUUCCUGGUACAGAGUUUCACUGUUAAAUGUGGUCUUUUUAUGUAGCCUUAUGCAGUAAGUGUUGGGCUGUAAUGAAAUACAAGUAACAGCGGUACGUAUUUAAGAUAAUGAAAAAAAAUUUUUCACUCCAUCAAAUAGGUUUAUAAGCAUGUGAACACUUUUAUUUGCCCAUGAUGAGUCAGAUUUUAGUGUACUUUAAAAUUUUACCCAGCUUUGGACACACUAAUUAUUAGCUAAUUACAUGCUGAUGCAGAACAUAAUAAAACACUGGAUUUCAGAAAGAAAACAGAAGAAAACUGGAUUUCCAUACCAAGCAAGAAACAGAUGCAACACAGACAUUCUGACAGCUAAUAUCCGAUCACAAACCAAACUCAAGUCUAUUUUACCAUGGCACUAUAACAGAGUGUGAAAUUUACUGUGGGAGGAAAUCACACCCAGCUAGCAUGUUCUUAGGCUUUCUUAGACAAAGUUGUUGCUCAAUGUUUCUUAAACUGGCUCCGAUUAUCUUGUUACAGUGUUAGGCAGCAAGUAAAAAGUCAGUUCUCAAAGUUGAGGUGUUAAGGUGGUGAGAAAAUGGGGCAGUUGUAAGGAUCUGAGCAACUUUGACAAGGGUGAAAUUGUGAUGUCUAGAUGUCUGAACCAGAACAUCUCCAAAACGACAGGUCUUGUGAUUUGAGGUAAACAUUUUCAUCUUUCUGCUGCAGCAGCUCUUGAUUGUAGAUUGUCGUCAGGCAGGAUAACAUUAAUAAUAACAUGUAAAUUACUAAUAGUGAUUCUUUUUCAAUCUAAACCCUAUGCAGUUAAGUGUUGAGCUGAGUAAAAAAAACGGCCAAUAAUAAAGGUUUCUCUCUCUCUCUCUCUCUCUCUCUCUCUCUCUCUCUCUCGCUCUCUCUCUCUUUUAGCUAUAUCUUACAUCAGAAGUUGUCUGUGCAUCAUAGAUAAACUGUGUGGACAUACAUUAGACAUUGUUACUGGUUGUGGAAAUGUAUUUUUGAAUUGUUUAAUUCGAAUAGUUUUCCAUUAAAACAUGAUGUUGGUAGCUACAGAGAAUUAUUAAAAUAGCCCAUUCUGUAAAAGUGGCAAUACUGGCAUUGCCAUUACUUACUGCUCUGUGUGUAGUCUGUCUAGAGUAAGCAUGGGUAUUGUAAUACUUAGCUCAAUGACCUGUUAGUGCCUAGUGCAGUUCCCAUUUUUGACCAGUAGGUGCUAAAAUAACACUAUACAGUAGUUACAAGCUGGGCAGUAACUACUGUGCUCCCCAUAAUUUGCAACAUCUAGACAGGCGACAUAUAUCUGCAAAAUAUAAACAUUUAUUUUUGCCACUAAAUUUUCCAAUAUGGUUUAAAGUGCAUAGGCUGGGAACGGAGCAGAUUUACAUUUGUUAUAUGUAUAUUGUGCAAAUCCCUUUUAUUAUUGGGAACACAUGAUAGUGCAAACUUAAAUACUUUCACAUAUCCUGGUGUUCAUUGAGAUUAAACACAUUGUAAAUACUAGCUUGAUUUGUGCAAAACUAAGAAUGAAUCUUACAUGUGUAGAGGAUUGUUGCUAUAACAGCUUUGUGUUUAGGUUUACUACUGAUAUUACAAUUUGAUUGGACAAAAGGCAUUCCAGGACUGCUAACAUAAAGUACAACAGCACUGAGACAUUUAACUGUGUAUCACUCCACUCACUACACAGGUGUUCCUAUAACAAUCAAUUACACUAACUGUCGGUCACCAGUUCAAAGCUAGUUCCACUAGUUGCAGAAGGAUGUGUUGGUGACGCCAAAUAACUGGUGAAAUAAACAAACAAAUUUAACAAACAAGUGCUACAACAUAUAAGGUAAUGUUUCUAGGUGAUGACCUCAUAAAGCUGGUUAAAAAAAUGCAAAGAAUGUGCAAUGCUUUCAUUCAAGCAAAAGGUGUCCACUAAAAUAUAUAUAUAUAUAAAUAAGAAGAAACCCUUAAAUAAGUGUGUGAGUAUGUGUGUACCAACUUUUUAAUGGUACUGUAUAGUAUCUGCAUCUGAUAAGCAUAUGACUUAAACUAAAAUUACAAAUCGUAAUAGCAUUUUAAAGGUGCCUUUUCAACAGUUUGACAGUAUCUUCUCACAAGGUGAAAUGAUGGUUUGCACCUAUCCAACACCUUAAUCAAUGUCUGACAUUUAUUGUGUAAGAAAGUGUCUAUGUGCAAUGAUUAAGUUAAGAAAUAUAGGUUUUUAUUUUGUCUUUUUUAAUUUGUCUUGUUCUUCAAACAGCUGAUGAGAUGCCUCGAGGGUGACUCCUGCUGAGUUGUAAACCCAUGUCCUCACUAUGAGAUACCAUUUCAUGAAUUAGUAGUUGUGUGAGGCAGCAUUUGUGGCUUUGCUCACACAGUGGUAUUUUAGAUUUUAAGAAAUAUGCUAUACUACAUGUCUAACUUAUCUUGAACUUGCUGUUGAAAGCCGUCUGCUUAGGAACUUGCUCUCAGGCAUUUUUGGUUAAACUAAACCACAUGCAAUGUAAAUACUAUAAAGCAUCAAAAACUCA